AACUUGUGAAGUCACCUCGCCCAUAGAAUGAUAUCAGCCUGGGCAAUUUCGUUUACACAUUUAGUUAACCCAUUUUAUACUAAAGAUUCUGUAGUAUUAUCUAGACUUAUGAGUCCAGGCAGAGUGCAGUUCGUCUUGGCCUCUUGGCAAAUAGUUUAUCAGGUUAUGGCCUAUGCCCGCAAAUCCACUAUCAGCUGAUGUUUCAUAAAUUGCAUUGGUAAUUGGUAUUACCAAUUGCAUAACUGCAUUAUUUUCGUUUAAAAAAAUCAAAUGUAGACGAUAAUAUAAGCUCCUUGUGUUGGAAUGUGUCGAUCAUUUCCUAAAAUCAGUCGGGGAAGAAAACAUUAGCAACUAGCGGUACAGUUCAUCUCCCUUUAAACUCUAACCUAUCGAGUUAAAAUUAUGCAUUCAAGUAACGAGAAACCCGUUUCAUUACAUAGCUCAAUUUUCCACCCUACAUUGAGAAAAUGGCAAAGCAUCACUGGUAUAACUUCGGAGAAGAUCAUGUAUCCAGUUUUUGUUAUAGAUGUGGAAGACGCAAAGGUAGAAAUAGACAGUAUGCCAGGAGUAUAUAGAUACGGAGUAAACAGAAUCGUACCUGAACUAAAACCUUUAGUGGACAAGGGUUUAAAAAGUGUUCUGCUUUUUGGAGUAAUAACAGGGCUCUCUAAGGAUGCGAUUGGAAUCAGUGCUGAUUCACAGAAUAAUCCAGUUGUCCAAGCUGUACCGCUUCUACGGUCUGCUUUCCCAGACCUCAUCAUAGCUUGUGACGUUUGCCUGUGUGCAUAUACAACACACGGUCAUUGUGGGAUCUUGAGGGAUGAUGGCAGUAUAAAUAACGAAUUAAGCAUUCAAAGAAUAGCAGAGGUUGCGGUCUCGUACGCCAAAGCUGGGUGCCACGUAGUAGCUCCGUCUGACAUGAUGGACGGAAGAGUACUAGCAAUCAAAAACGGCCUUCGGAAAGUUCACCUGGAUUCUACUGUUUCACUACUGUCGUACUCAAUAAAGUACGCGUCCGCAUUCUACGGUCCAUUCCGUGAUGCGGCCAAGUCAUGUCCAGCCUUCGGUGACAGGAAAGCCUACCAACUACCCAUCGGUAGUGCGGGACUGGCGGCUAGGGCAGCGUCCAGAGAUAUCAGUGAAGGCUGUGAUAUGUUGAUGGUCAAACCCGGCCUGGCCUAUCUAGACAUUGUUCAUCAAACCAAGCAAGCACACCCAGAUUUGCCUCUUUUCGUCUACCAGGUAUCCGGGGAAUACGCCAUGAUAUACCACGCAGCAAAAGCCGGGAGCUUCAGUCUCGAGGAUGGGGUACGGGAAACAUUAACAUCGUUUUGCAGAGCAGGUGCUGACUGCAUAAUAACAUACUUUGCACCUCAGAUCUUAGACUGGCUGGCUGAAGGAAAGUUGUAGGUUAAUUUUUACAGGUUGUAGUGUUAUUUAAAAUAUGGUGAUUAAUUAAAUAGGCAGCUAAUCA